AUGGCACCUCCUCCUCCUGCUGCUCCAACUCGGAGCGGCUCUCCCGCAUCUCGGCCUUCAGCUUCCAUUCCUCAUCCCACGUCUGCGACUGCGACAACGACUAUCACUCCUUCCCCAGAGACUCCAACUAGUCGCUACUCCGUUACUUCUAGAGCCAGCUCGUCUUCCUCCUCGGGCUUGGACUACUACUCCCACAACUCCCCACCACCACCCCUUUCGUCGCAACUCUACCACCACCACCAUUCCACCUCAUUUUCAGGUCAAGACUACGUUCAAUCGCCAGUACAAGUCCAAGCACAAGUACCGGUGCAUCGAAAGCCUCUCCCGCUGCCGGCGCAGGACCGGCAUGCCAGUCCACUGAUCGACCCUCCCCAUCUAUCCUCUCCCCUUUCGAUCGAGAAUAAACCCCCUCCCAUUCCUCAUCCUGCUACCGGUCCUAUAUCCCCUUCAUCUGUCGAGGGAGGCGACUCCUUUAUAUCUCCGCCAAGGAAUCCCAAUAGAUACUCUCGUGGUCGACAUCCUGCCAACCCCCUCCGUAUAGAUACUGCCCCAACAGCCGCGUUUCUCCGGUCCGUGGUUGAGGACGAAGACGACGACGACGACGAAAGCGCCGACUAUUUUGACGAAGAUUACGAGCACCAGUUCACGAAUGGAACCGGCUUUGGAACCCCCCUGCACAGUCGUCUAGUGAGCGAGCCAUUCAUCCCGAUCUUGAACUCGCCGCCCCCUACUCAGCGCCGCGCGACGAGUAUGGCCUUGCACCCUCCGAUGAACCGCCCACCCCCUUUGCAGAUUGAUGUCGAUCCACGAUCCAUGUCCAUGGGCCACACCGACCCCAGACAACCCAAAACCCCCGGAAAAAAGAUCAGCUCGUUCUUUGGUUGGAAAGCGAACACCGCUACCUCGCCCGGUGCGGAGUCCUCCAGUACUGAGAUCUCCGACGGCGGUCGAUCACCUAUGCCCUCUCCCAUGCCGCCCCUGGCCAACGUCCCCAUGGGACCUCCUUCGUCAUACGAUACCAAAGCCGCUGGCUUUGGCCCGCCUGCGCGAACGCCGUCAUUAGGGACACUCAGCGCCCACGACACCGUAUACACGUCCAAGCUGGCCGAUUUGGAGAAUGAAUUGCGCGAGAUUAGCUCCGAAUUGGCGGGCUCGAUCCGUCGGGAAAUGGAAUUGGAGGAUCUGAUUGAGCGUUUGCAAACAGAGGGACCCGAAGUCAGCCGCCGGACGAGUGACUAUUUCUCUGAUUCAGGCACGAGUUCGAUUCGAUACGGUCCUGAUCGACAGGAAGAUAUUGAAAAGAUCCGUCGGGCUGCAGAGCAGGAACGCGCGCAAUUGAAGGCCGAGUUUUCGCAGAGGCUCCAGGAAGAGCGGAUGCAGCGAACUGCGUCUGAAUCGCAUGUUCAAAUAUUGGAAAAUCAGGUUCAGCAGCUUCGGCGAGAACGAACGGAUCUAUCUGAUCUUUCAUCGAAAACGAAAGAGUUGGAAACUGCCUUGGAAAACACGAGGCGGAAGCUGCUGGAGGAACGCCAAUCAAAAGAUAACUUUGAAGAUUUACUCACAGCCAUGCGCGUGGAACUGGAGCAAUUGCGGAAUGAGCGUGAUAUCCUCCGGGAGGGUAAUGCGCCUCCCGCUUCAGACACGCAGCGAUUGAUUGAAGAGAUCGAGGCAUUGAAGAUCGAGAACGCUUCACUAGCACAGCUGCAAGGCGGACGAUUCGCAUCAAUUGCCGAGGAGGACGGUGUACAAGGGAAGCGCCAUUCGGCGUUUGGUCUUUCACGAUCCAACUCGCUCGCUCGGAAGCCCACUAGUGGUCUUGCGCGCUCGGGUUCCCUGUCCCGCUCCAACUCGGUAUCUGGCAACAAGGACCGGGGAGAGACACGCGAGUCGCUGGUCGACAAGGUCAAGGAUAUCGAGACCCAGCGAGACGCUCUCCACCGUACACUGAGAAGCCUCUUGAACCGCCACGCUUUCCAAGAGCGCGAGUUCAUGAAGCAGACUCGCCUUCUGGAGGCCGAGGUUCUGCGUGCUCAAGAAGCUGGCCCGCCACGUAAACUGGGCUAUGAGCGAGAGGUGCGCAGCCUGCGGGAUGAGGUGAACCACCUGCGCUUGCGCGCCGAAGAUGCGCUGGAUGGCAAGUGGCAGUGCGAGAAGAACUUGGCGGGUCUCAAGAUGGAUCUAGACCGCGCUGAGCAAGAGACUAGCUCCCUUCGGGUCCUCCUUCAGGAACACGAUACCGAGGUGCCCGAAUGGCUCGAGGCGGAUCAGGAAAGCUUUGCCGAGGUCAUGGCAACCUCAUCUUCUCUGGAGUCUGCCUUCCAACAGCUUCAGGCUGAUAGACAACACGCCGAGGCCAGCGGCCAAUCGGCUGAGCUGGAGGCGAUCAACAAGCGCAGCAACGAACUCGCUGGUUAUGUCCACCAGCAAUUGCAGGUCAACAGCUCCUUCGCGGCCGUCUGGCAACGGCCAUUGAUAAGGAACCAGAUGAAGGAGCUUGAGGAGAACCUCCUGAACGCUCAGAACCAUUCUGAAGAGGAACUGAGCAAGCACGAGGAAGAAAUCUGCCUGCUGAAGGAGAACCACAAUGCCCAGCUCCAGCGCAUGAAGAAUGGUUCUCGCACGCCAGCUAACAUUUCCCCACGACCACCAAAUACGCCCUUCGCCGGCCGGUCCCCACGCCUGGACAAGACCACCAGUGGUGAGGGUGUCCCACUGACAACCGUCGUCCAGACCGAAGUGCUAGAGAAGCACGUCAAGGCACUGGAGCGAGCCAUUCGCGAUGUAGACAUGGAGAUGGAGGAGGUAGUGGGACGGAUGAACCGCGCACAGGUUGAUGUAGCCCAGCUGCAAUCUGACAGGGAUGAGGCUCUCCGUCAGACUCGCCGGUUGCAGGUGGACAUUCAGGCCGAGAGGGAAACUCUCCGGUCGUUGAUGUAA